UGGCUGAGAUCUACACCUACCCCGGAAAUUUGCCGGUAGGCAUGUACAGUGGGUUAUGCACUUAUCCGGUGGCAGUGGAGGGGAAAUUAAUUUUCAGAAUGCGUCAUACCAAAACCUUCCCUAAAAAAAAGAGAGCAUUAUUUUCCACUCGUUACGAAGCGCGCCGGGUCCAAACCCACGGGACCGUCCGAUACUAUCUACGGUUGGUUGCUGGAGUCAAGCCGCAGCAACGUCCAGACUAUUGACUCGCUCCGGCCUUUUACGCCAUGUCUGCCAAUCCUUUCCUUCUCGCCGCCGACAACAGCCCGGCCCUGCUACCUCUGCUCCGUGCGAACCCCGCCCUGGCCCCCCAGCAGGACCCUCACGGUUACUCCCUACUCCACGCGGCAGCGAGUUAUAACCACCUCGAUCUCCUCCGGGCCCUGGUCCGCGAGUUCAACGUCGACGUCAACCUGCGAGACGAAGACGAAGAGACCGCCCUUUUCGUUGUCGAGACCGUCGAGGCUGCCCGGCUGUUAGUCGAGGAGCUGGGUGCCGAUGUUACGAUUCGCGGCUCCGAGGGAUACACCGCAUACCAGAAGAUAGCCGAGGAGGGCGACUUCCCCCAGGUUGCCGAGUAUCUAAAAGCCAAGGAGGCAGUUCGCGACGCCCAGAACCACCUCCUCAACGGCGUCAACGGAGGAGACGGGAGACGCGUAGCUGGGGAACAAGAUCCUGUGCCCAGCCUGCCUGAAGGCCUAAAUAUAUCUGUCGGCACUAUGCAGCCCGGCGAGGCGGACGAGCUGGAGCCGGAUCCCGAAUUCCGGAGGAGGAUAGAAGAAUUGGCUCGACGCGACGACAUAAACACCGAAGCCGGGCAGGCCGAGCUUAGACAACUAGUCCAAGAUGCUCUAGCAAGCCAGAAUAUCACAGAUCGCAAUGUCCGGCCGAGGCAAGAGUAGUUUAAUUGGAUGACCGCCAAU